GCAGAGACCAUGGAGCGCCCUUCUCUGCUUCUCUGCAAAGGGCUCCUGCUCACAGCCUCACUGUUAACCUGCUGGAGCUCACCCGCCCCAGCGAUCCUAACAUCUACAGAUUUGCGGUUCUCUGUGGCGGAAGGGGCCAGGGUUCUUCUCCACGUCCCUAACCAGGAAAAGAACCUCUUCUCCUUUUCCUGGUACAAAGGGAAAGAUGUGCAUGAAAAUUUUACAAUUGUGCAUUACGAAAAGGCCAAAGACGUCUUUAAACUUGGACGUAAAGUCAGCGGCAGAGAAGAAAUUUAUAAGGAUGGAUCCAUGAUUCUCGGGCCCGUCACAAAGGAAGACAUGGGGAUCUACACCCUAGAAACCUUUAAAACACAAAAUCAAUAUGAAAUAACAUAUAUCCAUCUUCAAGUGUACAAGAUCGUGACAAAGCCUUACCUGCAGAUCAACUACACUAAAGUGAACAGACGGAACUCCGCUAUCCUCACCUGUGUGUCGCCUGACACUGGAGUGGACAUCGAUUGGCUCUUCAAUUACAAGCCCCUGAAUGUCACCGAGAGGGUCACACUGUCCCCUGAUCAGCGCACCCUCACCAUAUCUCCUGUCUGGAAGGUGGAUAUAGGAAUCUAUCACUGUGAGGUCUCCAACGCCAUAAGUUCCAGGAAGACUAACCCACUGGUCCUGGUGAUCGCUUAUGGCACAAAGAACUGA